AUGAAAGCCGUCCUACAACGAGUCAAGUCCGCCUCGGUCACCGUGGAUGGCCACCUAAUCUCCUCGAUCGGACAAGGCAUCCUUGUCCUCGCCGGCGUGGGGAAGGAAGAUACUGAGAAGGAUGCCGACUCAAUGAUCGGGCGGGUAUUAAAGGCCAAGCUGUGGCCCGACGAGGACGAUAAAUCGUGGAAGAAGAACGUGCAGGACAUAAAUGGAGAGAUCCUCUGCGUAUCCCAAUUUACACUCUACGGCCAUUUGAAAAAGGGCAACAAGCCUGACUUCCAUGAAGCCGCCGACGCGGAGACCGCGCGCAAACUGUAUGAUUAUUUCAUUCAGCGGUUGAGCGACUCGUACAAGCCCGAACGGGUGAAGAACGGGGUCUUCCAGGCGAUGAUGGAGGUCGAAUUGAAGAACGACGGGCCGGUGGGUGUAGAUUACCGCAGUGAAGAUGCGGUGGUUACGAUCGAGAUCAAUACGCAAUUACCGAAGAAGGAGAAAAAGGAACAACCGCCGGGUAAAGACGAUGGGAAGCCGCAGACGUUCGAGUUCAAGUUGCCGGCGGAGUUGAUGGAGUGA